GUCAAAACGUUCUCCGAGUCCGGCUGAAUUUCACAUCAGCCAAACAUGUCCCAAAGAGUUGGUCUGUUUGUCAUACAAAACAUACAAAACGUAAGGUGAAAGUGUUGUAUCCCGCGCUCCACCCAGCAUCUCGCACGCCAGCGUCAUGGCCUCCCUCGCCUAUAAAAGCAGCCUGCGCCUUUCUCCAGCCCCCCGCCACUUCUCUCCACUCGCCUCCUACCGUUCCCACAACCUUCACUUCAAACGCACUUACGCUUCCGCACCCACUCCCAACAAAAACAUGUCCGCUCCAGCCACUGAAUUCCUCGAUGCCGUCGCAUCCCGUCGUACCAUUUACACUCUCUCAAAGGACAGCACCAUCUCCGAUGCACGCGUCGAGGAGAUUGUGAAGCAUGCGGUCAAGCACGUCCCCUCGUCCUUCAACUCGCAAUCCUCCCGCACCGUUAUUCUUUUCGCUGCUCACCACGACAAGCUGUGGGACAUCACUAAGGAGAUUCUGAAAACAAUUGUCCCUGCUGAGGCUUUCCCCGCCACUGAGGCCAGGAUCAACGGAUUCAGGAACGCCCACGGCACUGUUCUGUUCUUCGAAGACAAGGAUGACGUGAAGGCCAUGCAGGACAAGUUCCCCACCUACCAAGAUCGCUUCCCCAUCUGGGCUCAACACACUUCUGGAAUGCUUCAAUUCGUCGUAUGGGCCGCCCUUGAGAAGGAAGGCCUUGGAGCCAACCUUCAACAUUAUGCCCCGCUCAUUGAUGAGAGGGUCCGCUCUGAAUGGAAUGUGCCCGUCACAUGGGAACUUGUCGCUCAAAUGCCCUUCGGAAAGCCCACCGCUCCUGCUGGCGAGAAGCAGUUCAAACCCCUUGACGAGAGGGUCAAGGUUUUCCACUGAGCCGCUUCCACACUACGAACGGACUAUGUCACCCAUCGGCUGUUAGUAGAAUAGACAGACAAUGGAGAUACGGCGCAGGGACCUUUUCGCGGACUAUAUUUUCAUAGUUCACUCAUUAUCUAUAAACAAUACCAAACGCAUUGCUUCAUACU